UAGUGCUUUUUAUCGGCUAAUAUGAAUUAAACUACACGUCCCGACGCCACGCUACGGACUCAUAUACUUUUGGUGAAUAUGUAAUUGCGCUCGUACGACUGGUUGCUUCUAAAUUUGGCUUCGCAGUGGCAGGCUGCUACAGUCGGUGAGGUGGUCUCUCCGCCGGUACCGUGUGAGGAUGUGAGCAUUCACGGAGGCUGUAGGAAAAUAGCUGAUAAAUGCGUGACGACGGGACGCCGUGGAAAAGCACAGUCGCGGACAAGCAAGGUCAUGAUGUGUCUAAAGUCGAUGCUUUGUAGAGAAAAUCUGAGAAAAUAGAGGAUUCGUUGUUAGUUCAGAGGGAGAAUAUCAAGCUUUGUGCGCGUAGAAUAAACGCGCUGGAGAUUUUGGGGAAGACUGAGACAACUCUUGCUUCGAUUAUCCCACUGAACGGACUUUUGAAACACUGUCUACAAAAAUGACGUCCAGCCAAAGGUCCAAGGAUGUUUCCACUCUUCACGGAACCUGCACAUAGCCUGCAAACCGACUGACCUUUUACGCACAGGAAAAGAUCAGUGCUCACACAAUUUGUUUUCUUGUUUAUGUGGAUGAACUUUACAAUACAUUUGAAAUGAUUCGAGAUCUGAGCAAGAUGUAUCCCCCGGCACGGCAUCCGCCGGGACAGCCGUUAAAGUUCACUGUCACCGAGUCCUGCGACCGGAUCAAGGAGGAGUUCCACUUCCUACAAGCCCAGUACCACAGUCUGAAAUUGGAGUGUGAGAAACUGGCCAGUGAGAAAACUGAGAUGCAGAGACACUAUGUCAUGUACUACGAAAUGUCAUACGGACUCAACAUCGAGAUGCACAAGCAGGCGGAGAUCGUCAAACGGCUGAACGCAAUCUGCGCCCAAGUCAUUCCCUUCCUCUCUCAAGAGCAUCAGCAGCAGGUUGUGCAGGCGGUGGAGCGGGCCAAGCAGGUCACCAUGGCUGAACUCAACGCCAUCAUAGGACAGCAGCAGCUCCAGGCUCAGCACCUCUCCCACGGCCAUGCCAUCCCCAUCCCACUCACGCCACACCCAGCGGGCCUUCAGCCCCCCCUGGCCCCAGGGGCCGGCACAGCCAGCCUGCUGGCUCUGUCCUCCGCCCUGAGCCACCAGCUGCCGCUCAAAGACGAGAGGAAACACCAAGACAACAACAACAGUGAACACCCGAGAGACAGAGACUCCGUCAAGAGCUCAUCCGUGUCUCCCUCGGCCAGUUUUCGGACCCGAGAGAAGCACAGGAGUUCAAGUGAUUACUCCUCCGACAGCAAGAAACAGAAGACAGAUGACAAGGAGUUGGCCUCUACACGCUAUGAAAGCGAUGGAGAGAAGAGUGACGACAACUUAGUAGUGGAUGUCUCCAAUGAGGAUCCGGCGUCUCCUAGAGGAAGUCCUGCCCACUCACCUCGGGAGAACGGAUUGGACAAGAGUCGCCUGUUGAAGAAGGAUGCUCCGCUGAGUCCGUCCUCCAUCGCUUCCUCCAGCAGCACACCUUCAUCCAAAUCCAAAGAGAUUAAUGUGAACGAGAAGGCCACCACGCCUGUAUCCAAGUCCAGCACCCCCACAUCCCGCUCUGAUGCCCCAACACCCAGCAGCACCUCCACCCCGGGCUUGAGGUCUGUACCCAGUAAACAGCCAGGAGUCGAGACGCUGGUUCCUGGUCUCCGUACGCCAUUGGCGGUGCCGUGCUCAUACCCCAGUCCGUUUGGAAUGGUUCCUCACCCGGGUAUGAACGGAGAGCUGAGUGGAGCCGGAGCAGCCUACACCGGCCUGCAUAACAUUUCUCCACAAAUGAGUGUGGUGGCUGCUGCUGCAGUGGCUGCUUAUGGACGCACACAAGUGGUGGGAUUUGAUCCUCACCACCACAUACGUGUCCCUGGACUUCCUCCCAACCUCUCGGGCAUUCCUGGUGGAAAACCAGCUUACUCCUUUCAUGUCAGCGCUGAUGGACAAAUGCAGCCUGUGCCUUUUCCUCCGGAUGCACUGAUUGGCCCGGGCAUCCCUCGCCACGCACGACAGAUCAAUACUCUCAGCCACGGGGAGGUGGUCUGUGCUGUCACCAUCAGUAACCCAACGCGUCAUGUCUACACCGGCGGCAAGGGUUGUGUCAAGGUGUGGGACAUCAGUCACCCGGGAAACAAGACUCCUGUAUCCCAGCUGGACUGCCUUAACAGAGAUAACUACAUCCGUUCCUGUCGGCUGCUUCCGGAUGGGCGGACUCUCAUUGUCGGGGGCGAGGCGAGUACUUUGUCAAUCUGGGAUUUGGCAACACCAACUCCACGAAUCAAGGCUGAACUAACUUCAUCAGCACCUGCGUGUUAUGCUCUGGCCAUCAGCCCUGACUCCAAGGUCUGCUUUUCCUGCUGCUCUGAUGGAAACAUAGCCGUGUGGGAUCUUCACAACCAGACUCUGGUUAGGCAGUUCCAGGGCCACACCGACGGGGCCAGCUGUAUAGACAUCUCUAAUGAUGGGACAAAGCUGUGGACUGGAGGCCUGGAUAAUACUGUGCGGUCCUGGGACCUGAGAGAGGGACGGCAGCUGCAGCAGCACGACUUCACCUCCCAGAUCUUCUCACUGGGAUACUGUCCAACGGGCGAGUGGCUGGCAGUUGGGAUGGAGAACAAUAAUGUGGAGGUCCUUCAUGUUACCAAACCUGACAAGUACCAGCUCCACCUGCAUGAAAGCUGUGUGCUCUCACUCAGAUUUGCUCACUGUGGGAAGUGGUUUGUGAGCACAGGAAAAGAUAAUCUGCUCAACGCAUGGAGAACCCCCUAUGGGGCCAGCAUAUUCCAGUCAAAGGAGUCGUCCUCAGUGCUGAGCUGUGACAUCUCCAUAGAUGACAAGUACAUUGUGACGGGUUCAGGUGAUAAGAAAGCAACUGUCUACGAGGUCAACUACUAGGCUACACCACUUCUAUUCAGGCACUCAGCAGUGCCACCAACACCUAUGUACAAUUCUUAAUGUAUAAAUUGAAUGGAACAAACCAAACAGACUCUUGGACAGGAGCGUUUUUGAACUUCAAAACGGAUACGCAGGACCGAGCAGAGAUUUUCUUUUUUUUUCCUUCUUACUUGUGUCUUCUUAAUUGUCUUACUUUGUUGUUGUUAUGAGGAUGAAUGAAUGUACAUGUGCACUGAAUCUGGAGAUGACAUUGUUGGCCAGAUAACAUUCCUAAACUUUUAGGCCUCUUUUUUACCAACAUAUAUGCACAGACAAGCAGCUACCACACAAGUGUAGUUGUUCACAUGCUUUCCUUUCGUACUUUGGUAUACCUUAAGGCUAUAAAAACAUCGUGGUUGGAUCAUUCCCGGCUGACACCAGAAAAUUUGGAGAUCUUCCAAUUUGGCACAACAUAAACAUACUUACCUAAAAAUGGCAACACUUGAAAGGGUUACCAUUGGUUCUUGUAAAUAUUGCGGAAGAAGUUUCUCAUCAAAACCUUUUUUUCUGUUUCGAGUCUUCUGCCAACCUUGCAACUGUUUAUGUGCUUGAAUGCAUCUUUAGCUUUCAUUUCUGUAGAUGCACAUGAAAAACACACAACAACUAUAUCUAAGGCAUUUAUUUGCCAACAUUGUAUUGUUUUGAUUUUGUUUUAAAUGACCUGGACAGCUUGAAUUACUACUGUAAAUGCAGUAUUGCCAUUUUUUUUAACCUUUUGGUUCUUUUUCCUGCUUGCCUUCAGGCACUUCAUGUUAAAGGUGCACUAUGAGUUGCUGCAUGGUUUCAGAGCAAUUUCAUUUUUUUUUCAAAUUGUGGGCAUCUCUCCACUAGCUGCCUGCCUUUAAAUACACUGUGGAAAAGCCCAGUCUCGGGAGAAAACUCUGGGGUCGUAAACGUCAAACAAACACGAGGGGCACAGGCUGUGCACCAAAAUACAACAAACCAGCUAUCCAGCAGCUACUCUCAGAUACAACUCCCGUUACUCAAUCAACUCUGCUCAGUGUUGCCGCCGGAUCAAGAAGAGAUGCGUACGAUUUGAUACAAAAAUGAAAUCACGCUGAAACCAUGCAGGAACUCAUAGUGCACCUUAAAUACCUCAUACCAAAUUUGCCUUUUUAUAAAUGCACUUUUUGUUUAUGUUUGUCUAAAUUAGUGAAAUCAGCAUUCCACAUGUGAAAAACAUCAGAUUUUCAUGCCAUUACAAAUGCAUGCUGAACAUAGAGAUUACACAAACGAGAUACAGCAUGUUAAUUAGUGAGCUGUACAGGUGCUAGUAAGCUGAUUAUGUUGCCAGAUUUUUGCUAAGCUAAGAUAACCAGCUUUAACUCCAUAUUUACCUUUUACAGAGAGUUUGUAGAUCUUCUCAUCUAACUCUCAGCAAAUUAUCACAUUUCCCAAAAUGUUUAAUUAUUACUUAAUAAUUGAGUCUAUUACCUUUAGCAUUUAUUUUCUACCUAGUCUGUUAAUACAAUAUUUUUUCUCUCUAUUAAAUCCAAGGGAGGUGUGAGCUCAGUCACUGUGUGUGUGUGUGUGUGUGCGUGUGUGUGUGUGUGUGACCCAGCGGGAAAAAACUCAGAAGAUUGCUCUUGGUCCCUUUGCUACUGUGUAACCUUUGCUCUUGGUUCUGCCCUCUCAGUUCAGACUCCCCUGGUUUGUCACUGGAUUCUGUGUGACAGAUUUCAGUGAAACUGUUUAAUUGGUGUUUGGAGGUCAACCAGCUCUCCAUUUCCUGCCUGGAGUUCUAUGUUUGGACUUUUGGAAACUUUUCUGAAAAACAAGUGGUCAACGAUAAGCUUGUGAUUUUUCUUGGAUAUACUUCUAUUGUAUACUUCUAUACUUGCUUGUAGAAAUAACACAGUGCCUUUAUGCUGCUGCGCUUCUGACUCCAUUUCAUCCUGCUGAGGGUUCAACUACAUAGAGAUGAAACGUGAUGGACUCUGCUAUUAGGUUUUUAAGAAAAUACAGUUUUUGAGUACAACAUUUAAGAAUGAAUUUUAUU